AUGACUCAGCAGUUGUUUACCCCAUCUGAAUGUCUCGCUUUGUUGGCUGUGUUCAGUGAUGCUUGCCGAGAAGUUGAUCUGUUAUUAAAUAUCGGCAAACAAAAUUUCCACGAAAAGAACACACUGGGAUCGCGAUGUUCCCAAGCCAACAGCGAUACCUUGCUGACUGAACUGAACAAAAUUUUCUUCCAAACUCUUUUGCGCUAUGAGAAAGCCAGGCGUGAAGACUAUUUGGAAUUGCCAGAUGGAACAUUCCGCAAACUGAACGAUGAGGAGAGUAUCAAAGUGAAAUAUUUGGAAAUUGUAUCCCGUGUAUCAGCCACACUGAAAGCGCUUCUACUGGAGAUCGACGAAACGGGAACGAUCACUGCGUUGGAAAAGUAUUGCAGUCAAGAACAAGCCGAAUUGGAAAAGCUGGAAACGUUUGUCAGUUCAGCGGCCGAGAAAGAGCAAGAUUUGGCGCGUCUACAAGAAGAUGUUCAGGCCUUACAACGGGAAAUUCUGAGUGACACAAUCGAGUACACAAACACAAUUGAAAAUUUGAAACAUGAAUUUCAAGAACUACGAGAAAUGGCCUGCAUGACAAUACAGUAUAAAUCAAAAGAGUAUGCGACAAAAUUACAAAGCGAACUCGGACGUCAAGCGAAUGAAAUGAAAGAACUAUCUGGUCGUGUGGAACAUGUGAAAGCAGUUAUCGCACAGGUCAGUCGUGUGGCUGAGGAGACCAAUUCUUGGCUGUUCACCGAUAUCUCGAACAAGAUUAAUCUUGCCGAUUUCAUACCCACGAAUGAUCACCCGGCUAUCCUGGCCGAAAAAGUGAAACGUAUCAAUGCACAGCUGGAAGAGAAAAAAGCCUUGCACGAAGAACUACUCAAACAGUACGAAGAAUGUGAGGCGAUUUGUAUGGCUGAUGAAAGAGAGAAGGAGGGUGCUCAUCUGCGCGAGGAAUAUGCGAAAAAAUUUGUCCUUGCCGUUGUGCAAAUCCAGUCAUGGUGGCGUACAAUGAUCGAGUUACGUGGUAUUCGCACUCGGAAGAAACGUAAGGGGAAGAAAGGAGAUAGGAAAAAACCGGGAUAA